AUGUCGUCUGAAGUGCCUCCCACGAACGACUCCAACGUUUACGAGGGCGCCAUUGGUAUCGAUCUCGGUACCACGUACUCUUGUGUCGGUUGGUGGACCAACGAGCGCGUUGAAAUCAUUGCCAAUGACCAGGGUAACCGCACGACUCCCUCGUACGUUGCCUUCACCGAGAGCGAGCGUCUCAUUGGUGACGGAGCCAAGAACCAGGCUGCGAUGAACCCGCGCAACACGGUCUUUGACGCCAAGCGUCUCAUUGGCCGCCGCUUUGACGACCCCGACGUAAAGAAGGACAUGCAGUCUUGGCCAUUUAGCGUCAUUGACCAGAGCGGCAGCCCUUACAUCCAGGUCGACUACCUCGGCGAGCGCAAGACGUUUGCUCCCCAGGAAAUCUCUUCCAUGGUGCUCCAAAAGAUGAAGGAGAUUGCCGAGGCCAAGAUCGGCAAGGAGGUCCAGAAGGCUGUGGUCACUGUACCUGCCUACUUUAACGACUCACAGCGUCUCGCUACGAAGGAUGCCGGCUCCAUUUCCGGCCUUGAUGUGCUGCGUAUCAUCAACGAGCCGACCGCCGCUGCCAUUGCAUACGGCCUCGACUCCAAGUCCAGCAGCGAGAAGAACGUGCUCAUCUUUGACUUGGGCGGCGGCACCUUUGAUGUGUCGCUCCUCAACAUCACAGGCGGUGUGUUUGCUGUGAAGGCCACUGCCGGUGACACGCACUUGGGCGGUGAGGACUUUGACCACGCCCUCCUCGACUUUUUCAAAAAGGACUUUGAGCGCAAGAACAAGGUCGAAAUUGGCGACGAUGCGCGUGCGCUCCGCCGUCUCCGCAGCGCCUGCGAGCGUGCCAAGCGCACGCUUUCCAGUGUUACGCAGACCAGCAUCGAGGUCGACUCUCUCUUUGACGGCAAGGAUUUCCAGGCGAACAUUACGCGUGCGCGUUUCGAGGAGAUCAACGCUGCUGCGUUCAAGAGCACACUCGACCCCGUCGCCAAGGUGCUCAAAGACGCCAAGAUCCCUGCCGACCGCGUCGACGAUAUUGUGCUCGUCGGCGGCUCUACACGUAUCCCCAAGAUCCAGUCACUUGUCUCGGAGUUCUUCAACGGCCGCCAGCUGAACAAGAGCAUCAACCCCGACGAGGCGGUUGCCUACGGUGCCGCGGUCCAGGGCGCUGUACUGACCAACCAGACCAGCGACAAGACUGCGGACCUGCUGCUGCUCGAUGUUGCGCCGCUCUCGCUCGGUGUGGCCAUGCAGGGCGAUUUGUUCGGUGUCGUUGUGCCCCGCAACACGCCCAUUCCCUCCAACAAAACCCGCACCUUUACCACGGUGGAGGACAACCAGACCCAAGUCACAUUCCCGGUGUACGAAGGCGAGCGCACCCAGUGCAAGGACAACCGUCUUCUCGGUGAGUUCGAGCUCACGGGCAUUCCCCCCAUGCCCCGCGGCCAGGCCGAACUUAUGUGCACCUUUGAGGUAGACGCCAACGGUCUCCUCAAGGUCUCUGCACAGGACAAGGCGUCGGGCCGCAAGGCCAACAUCACCAUCACCAACUCUGUCGGCCGCCUGAGCUCGACCGAGAUCGAGCAGAUGAUCAAGGACUCGGAACAGUUCAAGAAUGUGGACAAAGAGUUCCAGGCCAAGCACGACUCCAAGAACGACCUCGAGGCCUAUGUCCACUCUGUCGAGAGCACCGUUUCGAACCCCGCCGCCAACUUUAAGCGCGCUGCAAAGAUCCAGGUCGAGCAGGAGCUGGCCAAGGCGCUCGAGGUCCUCGAGCUCAGCGACGCGUCUGCGGACGACUACCGCCGCUCCUCGCUCCGCCUCAAGCGCGCCAUGCAAAAGGGCCUUGCUGGCGGCCGCUAA